AUGACAUUAAGAGUGAUGGAAACAGCCAAUGAAACCUCUGAAGAAUAUUUCAUCUUAAUAGGUUUCUCUGACCGACCAGUGCUUGAGAUGAUCCUCUUUGUUGUCAAUCUAAUUUUUUACUUUUUUGCUGUCAUGGGCAACUCAACCAUCAUCCUGCUCUCUCUCCUGGACCCACGACUUCACACUCCCAUGUACUUCUUCCUUAGUAACUUGUCUCUUUUGGAUCUUUGUUAUACAACCAGCAGUAUCCCCCAGAUGUUAGUAAAUCUCUGGGGUCCCAGAAAAACCAUCACAUAUAUAGGCUGUGUGGUUCAACUUUUUGCCUUUCUCUCAGUGGGAGGUAUUGAAUGCAUUCUCCUCUCUGUCAUGGCCUAUGACCGUUUUGUAGCAGUCUGCAAACCCCUCCACUAUAUGGUCAUCAUGCACCCCCAGCUGUGCUUACAACUGGUUGCCUUUGCCUGGCUUAGUGGGAUUGCCAACUCUAUUCUGAUGUCUCCUCUUACCUUAUCACUUAGGCGGUGUGGUCACCAGCGUAUCAACCACUUUGUAUGUGAGAUGCCAGCUUUGAUACGGAUUUCCUGUGUCAACACUAGUCGAGUAGAGGGUCUGGUCUUCUUCCUAGCCAUCCCUAUUGUUUUGGUGCCCCUUACCAUGAUCCUGGUCUCCUAUAGGUACAUUGCUGCUGCUGUGUAUAAUAUCAAGUCAGCAGCUGGGAGGAAGAAAGCCUUCAACACUUGUGCCUCGCACAUGAUUGUUGUAUCACUGUUCUAUAGCAGCAUCAUCUACACGUACAUGCAGCCAGGCAAUGUAGCCAGCCAGGACCAAGGCAAAUUCCUUACACUCUUCUAUUGUCUGGUGACCCCUACCUUGAACCCUUUCAUAUACACUCUGAGAAACAAAGAAGUUAAAGGGGCAAUGAGAAAGGUCCUUGGGACUGGCCGAGGCCCACACUGA